AUGCCACCAAGGAAAAGACCCAGACCUUCCGGCAGCACAGCACCACCACUUCCAACGCCACCUCCACAGUUUGAUCCCACAAUGUUCCAAGCUGCAGUAACAGCAGCCGUGGCAGCUGCAAUGUCACAAAUUGGUACAAAUGAAAAAGGUAUUGAACCAAAAGUCAAACCUUGUGGGAUCUAUUGCAAAACUGGGCACCCAAUAGACAUAUGCCCACUACUUCAAGAAGACGUUGAAUCUGUUCAAGAUUUGGGAGGAUUUCAGCAAAGGCCAUUUGAUCAGCAUCGCAACAACCAAGGUUGGGGAGGACCUCAAAAUAACAAUUUCUUGCCAAAGCCUCGAAAAAACGUUCAACAAAGAAAUCAAUACCAGGCUCCACCUGGAUUUCAACAACCUUUCCAGCAGAAUCAGCAUCAAGGCAACUUUCAGCAACCACCUGUUCAGUCACAAGCUAGUAGUUCCAGCAUGUCUUUGGAAGACAUUGUUAAAAGUUUUGCUACCAGACCAGAUCAUCAAGAAGAUGAGGAAGAAAAGAUCGUGGUUGAGCAAGAAUCUGAGGCAACUGAAGAGGUUCAGAAAAAGGAUAGAACUGUUGAAGCAGAGGUAAAAAUACUCCUCGUCCAUUUCCCUGAAGACUGA